AAUUUAAUAUAGUCUAAUCUCGCGUAAUUUAUUAAAAGUGGCAAUACGAUGGAGAUAACCUUCGUAGCAGGCAGAGAAGCACGCAGAUUAUUACAAUGUUUUGCUAGAAUGACGUUUACGACAUGCCAGAGGUAUUACGUUUAUACGACUUUUAACUACAAUGUUAAACGACAUGAGGAAGCUGCUUGGAAGACAAGAUGAUGGAGAAAUUCUUUAUUCGAAGGACGCAAGCAAAUUUCGGGACGAAAUUUUUGUUAAGAUGGGUAGAUUGUAACACCCCGACUUUUUCUACCCUUUUAUUGUAUUCUUGAAAGGACCGUCGUUUGUGCACUUAAAAAAUUUUCGACCUUGUUUCUUUUGUCGAGAGAAGAAUUUUACAUUUUGGGCUUAAACCAUUAUCCUUUCCUAACCCAAUUUUCUUUAUUACUUAAAGAGGAAACUUUAUUUUAAGCCCAAAUCAUCUUUUUAUUUCUCUUCAUGAGCCCACUUUAAAUCUGCAGCCCAAUCACUAUUGAAUGCCACUUUUCACUCGUCAACUAUUAUGUUCCACAAAAUCCGGAACAAAUCGGUUUCUAUCUCCCCCCAUGAUCUCAUGAAAUCGGUUUAUACCUAUACAUAUCUCUCCCUGACUCCACAUUUUAUCAGAUCAAUCGAUUCCAGAAAAAAAAUCAGAGAGCUAGAAAUUAGAGAAAGAGAUGGCAGACGCUGUGUUUUGAGAGAGAUUGGAUGGAGGGAGAAGAGAUGACGACGGAGUGGUCCACGGGCUCGGCGACGGCGGAUAACAGCCGGUGAAUACGGAACCGAAGGCUGUCCGGUUCGGCAACAGCUGCCGCGACUCACGGCGGCGCUGCGAUGCGAGAGAACUGAGAGAGAAGCCACUGCAGUUUCUUCCUUCCAACGAGUUUGAAAUCUGAGAGGAUCGUGAUUUCAAUUUCCAUGUUUGUUGACAAAUUCUUUUAUGCGAAGGCGAUUCCUUGCAAGCGAGAUGUGAUAUCAAGGGAAGGAAAAUAAUUUCGAAUUAAGGCCUUAAGCAAACGAGCUUCAAAGCGUGGGAGGUCACAAACCAACGAUGAAGAAGAAAUGCUUGCCAGAAAGAAACAUGAUAAAGGAAAGAGUGUUAAAGAUAUUAGUUAUAAAGUUCCUUCGUGUGAUGAAAUUAAAAGUUCAAUUAGGGAGGCUGCAGAUGCUAUUAGUAAAAUGAUGAGGUAUAUAAAGGAUGCUCCAGCAAAUACCAAUGACACCAAUUGCUUCAAAGUUGCAGCUAUAAAUGCACUAAAGAUGGUUGGUGUGGAGGUUGAUCAAGGGGACCAAGCUGUGUCUAAGCCAAUUGAAAACAUGACACAAGCUAUGGAAGAGGAUCAAGAAGAUGAUCCAGAAUGGAUUCAGCUUAUGGAAAAAAUGAUGGAAGCCCAUGAUGAAAAAUGCAAAUUAGUGAAUGAAGGCACAUCAAUUUUGCCUGAUAUUAACUUGGGAAAGAAACCAGAGACAAAUGAUUAUAAUCCCUCAACCGAAAUAGUAGUUUACAAUCCAGACAUGGAUUGAACAAAUGGAGAGGAUGGUCCAGGCCAAAACCAAGUUUACCUUGAAGGAGUCACAAAUCUUUUUGAGGAUUAUGACAACAUAUGAAUCAAAUGAGGACGCCAUAGUGUAUGAUGAUAAUGUCAUAACGGUAACAAAAAGAGAAUUAUGUUCACUAUUGCCAUGUACGCUAAUAGAAGUUGGUGUGAUCAGUGCAUGGGCUUCUUAUUUGAAUAAUAUGGAAGGAUACAUGGCUCUAUCUUCAUCAAGGCGCCUCUUUUUCACAACAUACACAUCCCUGUAUACAAUUGUUGACCGGCCUUAUGGGGUCGACCUCAUGACUCUAUUUGAUAGAUUCUGUGAUAAUUUACAAACUGAGGUUGAACAAAUUCCGUAUUUCAAAUGGGACGAUGUAGAUUUGGUGUUCUUUCCAAUAUGUGCUGUAGAACAUUACUAUACCAUAUGCUUCAGAUUUAGUACUAAAAGUAUAGUGGUGAUUGACAAUUCGAAGAAUGCUGACGAUGAGGACGUAUUAAUCAAAUAUGGUGGCAUACCUGGAAAUGCGAGAUUGUUUUUUUGUCAUUUUUUGACAAAAAUGGGGUAUCACAACCAAAGCAAAUCAAUAAAGUAUGCGAGCAUAGUAAGGCUCAAAAUGCCUUGGAGAACAACAUUCGGCACCUGCGGAUCUUGGUGGCGGAGGGCGUGCUAGUCCCCCUUCAUUGGCGCGGUUGCGCCCCGGCCGUUGACUUCAUGCCUUUAGCUCCUCCUCACCGGCGAGUUCUACGGUCACUGCAAGUGCUAUGGCAUCCACCCGACGAUCCUUGGGUGAAGCUGAACACCGAUGGGGCCUUUAUCACCUCGACGGGACAGG